CCUCAGGAGAUGAAGAACCUCCAGGCCCAGGUCUCUGACUCAGCGUUGACGGUGGAGGUGGACGCGCCCAAGUCGCAGGAUCUGGGCAAGAUCAUGGCGGAGAUCCGGGCGCAGUACGACGCCCUGGCCCAGAAGAACCUGGAGGACCUGGAGAAGCAAUGGGGGCAGCAGAUCACCGAGAGCACCAUCGAGAUCACGCAGAGCAGCAAGGACAUCGACACCGCCCGCAGCACCGUGGUGGACCUCCGUCGCUCCGUCCAGACCCUGGAGAUUGACCUGGAGUCCCUCCGCAACCAGAAAGCCGGCUUGGAGGCCAACCUGCUGGAGGUGCAGAACCGCUACGCCAUGCAGAUGGAGCAGCUCAAUGGCCUGAUCCUGCAAAAGCAGGUGCGCAACGAGCUGCAGCGCCAGGCCGAGGAGUACCAGACGCUGCUCAACCUCAAGGGCAAGCUGGAGGCUGAGAUCGCGACCUACCGGCAGCUGCUGGAGGGAGGAGAGGAGUUCAG